UUGUUCUACUUCAAGAUGGUUUAAGCUCAUUUUCAUUUGCGGCACAGCACCAUGACAAGCAACGAGAACAAAGGCCUGAGGCUGAAGCGGGAGGUAGGGUUAAUUAGUGCGAUCUCUCUGGUCGCAGGCACUAUGAUAGGAUCAGGGAUCUUUAUGUCCCCUCAGUAUGUGAUGUCCAAUGUUGGAAGCCCUGGAGCGAGCUUGAUCAUCUGGGCUGUGUGUGGCCUGGUGACUGUAUGUGCUGCGCUCAGUUAUACAGAGCUCGGCACCAUGUUCAGAGAAUCUGGAGGUGAUUUCAUCUAUGUAUUGAAAAUCUAUGGACCCUUACCGGCAUUUUUUGUUGCAUUCACAACAAUUAUUGUGGUAAAACCGUCAAGUAUUGUGGCUGUGUCCUUGAGCUUUGCUCAGUAUGUGGUGGCUCCCUUUUAUCCAGGCUGCAUGCCACCUAUAUUGGUGGUAAAAUGUAUUGCAGUGGUGUGCAUUUUGGUGGUGGCGACUAUUAAUAUGCUGAAUGUUCGCUUUGCCAUGGCCAUUCAGAUUAUCUUCCUAGUGGCCAAAGUGGUGGGUCUGAUGGUGAUUGUUAUUGGUGGAAUAGUUACCAUGGCUCAAAAUGGCCUGGAAAACCUUGGAAAUCCAGACAUUGCCUUUGAGGGUACAACUUUGGGGAUCAGUACCAUUGGAAUGGCUCUGUAUCAAGGAUUUUGGUCUUUCUCAGGAUGGUCUAAUUUAGCCUUUGUGCUUGAAGAGGUAAAAAAGCCAGAGGUAAAUCUUCCACGGGCAUUAAUGAUUGCCAUCCCAAUGGUAACGAUUCUCUACCUGCUGGUCAAUAUCAGUUUUCUGUCCGUCAUGACUCCUAGAGAGAUGAUGAUGUCCAGUGCUGUGGCAGUUACUUGGGGCAAUAAAGUGCUGGGCAGCUGGGGCUGGGUGAUGUCUAUUGCAGCAGCUUUUUCUUCCUUUGGCACGCUGAACGGCUCGUUCUUCGGUGGGGGCCGAAUUUGCUUCAUAGCUGCACGAGAGGGUCACAUGCCCAGCAUCCUGUCCAUGGCCCAUGUGCGGCGCCUCACUCCUGCUCCAGCUCUCACCUUUACCACUGUCAUUGCCUUCAUUGUGCUCAUUCCUGGAGAUUUCAAAGGCAUAAUCAACUUUUUCAGCUUCACAUCCUGGUUCUUCUAUGGACUUACGAUAUCAGUACUAAUCUAUCUAAAGAUUAUAAAGUCUGAUCUUCCUCGAGUAUACAAGGUCCCCUUUAUUAUCCCUGUGUUGGUCCUGCUGGUGGCUGUGUUCCUGGUUCUAGCUCCCAUCAUUGACAAUCCUCAGCUCGAGUACCUGUAUGUCACUCUCUUCAUCCUAAGUGGAUCUCUGAUUUACUUUCCGUUCAUUCACUUCAAAAUGUGUCCACACCUGCUGGACAAACUCACAGUCUUCCUGCAGCUCUUGCUGGAGGUUGCACCAGCUGAAAAAAAUAUAUAAAACAUCACAUCAAAAUCAGAGGUUUUUUUAAUCCUUAAAAGGAUUUUUCAUGACUUUAUUACUAGUGUUUUAUGGGUAGUGAGUCUAAAUAAACAUUUUUGCUAUUUUAAUUUCAAGAUAAAUGCAUUUAUCUUUCACCCAUGUCAUUAUUUUUUAACUUUUUAUCACUUUAUUUCGGUUUUAUUUACAAAAAAUAAUACCAAAUUCAUAUUUAGUCUUCAAACCCUUAAUUCAUAUGCUUGUGUUAGUACAGAAUUGCAAUCUGGAAGAAGAAGGAAAGUAGGACUAGACUUCGAAUAGGCAAUCCUGGUAAUAAACUAAUAUAAAUCAAAUUGCUAGUUACCUAGUUAGUGCUUUUAUUUUACCUGUAAUGUUUAUGAUUACAAAAAAAUCUUUACAAAUCUGGUACUGACUCUGGUUGUAAUAUAAUUUUCCUUUUUGUGUUUUGUAUUAGCUUUGUGAUUGACAGUGCUCACCAUGAAAAAUCCUUUGCUUGUGUGAUAUUUGUUACAAAUAAGUAAUAAGACAGGAUUAGUAUUAAUGCUGAUAUAAACAGUGUUCAGCCAGAAAAACUGGGUUCAUCUUGCUUCUAAAAUGGGCGUCAAGAUCCACUACACUAUCCUAUUAGGAAUGUGUUUCAUUUCUCUGUGACCCUCAACACAUCUAGAUAUGUUGGGAGUGAGGUGGCUGAUUUGUCAUAAGUCCUAACAAGCUCCAAAAGGAGAUUUAUGCUUAACACAGACAUUUCUUUACAUACACAUUUUAAAAAAUUGCUUAGUUUUAGAUGAUACCUUCCUUCACAGAAAGAUAAGAAAGAAAGAGAGUAAAUAUAUUUCUCUUAAUUUUGGACAAAACAUCCUUGCAAGCAGUGCUGGGGAGUAACUAGUUACAUGUAACGGCGUUACGUAACUUAAUUGCAAAAUAAAUGUAACAGUAGCUCGUUACAGUUACUUAGAAAAUAUGUAAUUAAAAUUACAGUUACUUAUGAAAAUGUUAAAGAUUACAAAUAGAGUUACAUCUGAAUAUUUUCUUUAAAAAACUAGUAUAUGUUGAAUAAAUAUUAAUUUGUUGUUAGAGUUUGUUAAAGCGGUGCUAUUCUGAUGAUUCUGAUUGGUUCUCUGGUUUGAAUUUGCGGCGCGUCUGCCAAUUACGUUAAUCCACAUUGCUGCUGAAAGCUUUAGGCUAAUACACUGUCUGAAAGUUACCACCAUGGUGAGUGAUAAAAAUGCAUUUCAGUCCUGGAAAUAUAAAAAUAAUUUCAUCCUAAAAUCCAAUAAGGGGCAAAUAUAACAGUUCAGUGCAAAAUUAGUUUGCCAGCUGUUAAAAUGCUUUCAGCAUCAAAGGCUUCAACGUUGAACCUGAGCAAGCAUCUGCAGGUAUGGAACCUAGCCUUUCUUUAUUUUAUAAUAUAUUUAAAAUGUAUAAUUUUUGUCAUUAUUGUGAGUGUAGAGAAAUAAAAACAGACCCUUUAGUUUCGAACGAUAUAUUACUCGUUUCUGUAUAAUAAAAAGUGAAAAGAGUGGUCAGUUGAUUUACUGUAGCUGCUCUGUGGAAAAAAAUCCACUAAAACGCGCCUGCGCAUUCAUCGAGGCCGUGUACUCAAGACCUGUAUUCAAAACAUUCACAACAAAUUAGCUAGUCUGCUAGUCAUGGGUGUCGCUAGGACAUUUUAAAGCCCCCCUAACAUUUCUACUCAGCCCCCCUAAAAUUCUGCGAUUGUCCAUAAACUGUACACGAAUAAGAGAUCUCCUCAGUCCCCUUUAAAUUUCAUAUGAAAACGGCGGCAGUCUUCGGCUCCUCCCGUCUUUCAGCGCGUUCUUAAAUCCGCAGACCGCGGCGUCACAGAGCGAGGAUCAGAGGACAGUACAUGCAAAGAUUUGAUUCCUAAAACAGUAUUAAACAAUUUUUGUUCUGAAGUCUGGUUUUGUGGUGGCUGUGCUUAAAAUUAAAUCAAUAUAAUCUUAAUUCAAGUGAUGAAAUAUUAUAAACAGUAAA